AUGUGGCUUAUAAAGAGCAAUUCUGCCAGCAGCUACAAGGGUGAUGCUGAAGAGUCAUUGCUAUCAUCGGAUCGCGAUUGGAGCUCGCGUAUCCAGGCUCACAAAGGCUGGUCUCCCACCAAGAUCGCAGUCUUAGUUGUCUCCCAUGUCACUCUGGCCGUUGUUGGGUUACUUUUGGGUAUACGUUGGAGCAAAGAUCCAAUCGCUCUUGCAACACAAGUGACAGCUCGAUAUUCACCGUUUAUCAGAGAUGUUGGCCUUAAAUUCGAAGUCGUAGAAUUUAACGGUUCUUUCUUUCAUGAGACCGUUUUUCGACAAGAUGCUGGACCAGAGGUAGAUGCAGCUUGGAGGUCGCUCGGGGUUGAUUAUCGAGCAUUGAGAGUGCCUGCUGAGGAGUCAGACCCCUCAGGUUUAUCAUCCGAACAAGUAAAAAUCAAUUCAAAAUAUGGAGGUGGCUAUCCCGCAAAUGUUGAGGGUCUGCAUCAUUUACAUUGCCUGAACCUCCUUAGGCAAGCACUGUACUUCAACUUUGAAUAUUACCACGCCUUAGGCGAAGGCGCAUUCAAAAAUGACGAUCAGAUUCUCAAGUCGCACAUCACUCACUGUCUCGACAUUCUUCGCCAGCAAUUGAUGUGCACUGUGGAUGUUGGGAUGAUGGGUCAGAUCUGGUGGGAUCCGACGUCUCCAAAGGCAUUUGUGGACUUUAAUACUAAGCAUAUUUGCCGCAAUUUUGAAGAUGUUAGAAAGUGGGCUGAGGCGAGGCAGCUACCAGAAACGCCGCCAGCGGACUUUUUGCAACCUCCCGAGCCUGGACAGUACAUUUCCUCAACGAUACCGUAAGGAUUUGCCUUCUAUAUGUGAACAUGAGGUGAUGUAUACACACUGUAAUGCAAAACAACGCACCACGGACAGAUUUUGCAGCGAUAGAGAAAAGACGUGGAUAUCUCUGGGUGUUUCAUGGAUUCAAGUUUGCCACGUCGAUGACAGAAAUGCCUUUCAGAUUGGGACAAAGCACUAGAAUUGCGCUUGUUAAUCGAAAUACAAAAUGCUGGUUAACCAGCUCGUCUGUACCGUUGCUAGCGC